AUGCAGGUGGAGCAUGUUGAUGAUGAUACAGGUGUGCAGGUGGAGCCUAUUGAUGAGCAUGGUGACCAUGAUAAUGAUGUUGCUGAGGAUGAUGCUCAUGAUGAUGUUCAGCAAACUCCUCCUAUUUUGCAGUUAGAGGAGGAUUUACCUAUUGCUCAACGCAAGUCAAAAAGGACAAUUGCACCUCCUAAGCGUCUUAUUGAAGAGUGUAAUUUGUCUUACUAUGCUUUGAGUUGUGCUUUGAACAGUGGAGAAUGUUCAUGA